UACAAAGGAUGAUGUUCUAUGUGAGGUCUGAGGAAGGUGAACCCCAAGGGAGCUGUCUCUGGGGCGGUUAGCUGAUCCCCACAAAAAGGGGUGUGCGUCACCGGGUCCGCUUUUCCCCCUAUCCCCGCCCCCUACUCUGUCGGGCGUCUAUUUGUGGAUUUGCGGGUCUCACCCAGGCACCUCAAAAGGGGCCACACGGGCCGGAGGUCGGGAACAGCUGCUUGAAGAAGAAAACUCCCAGCAUGGAAAACUCGGGCAAAGAAAAUGAAGAACUCGCACAGAGCACGCUAAAGACCGAGGAAGAGCAGCUUCCGGUGGAGCAGUCUCCUGAAAAUGAGUGCUCCGAGGAGGAGCAGUCCUCCGAGGAUCUGUCCUCCGAGGAGCAGUCCUCAGAGGAGGAGUACUUUUCUGAAGAGCUUCUGCCUGAGCUGGUGCCAGAUGUGCUGGUGUGGUUAGAUCGUCCUCCGCAGGACUGCCUCCCGCACAAGGACCUGUUCGAGGGCCGUGCUGCCAUGGAGCAACCUCCCUGUGGGGUGGGCAAACACAAGCUAGAGGAGGGAAGUUUCAAAGAAAGGCUGUCCCGUCUCCGCCCUAAGUUUAGAGGAGUCUUCCAUGGCAGAAAUUUAAGCAAUGAAGAAAUGAUACAGGCAGCGGAUGAGUUGGAAGAGAUGAAGCGAGUACGAAACAAACUGAUGAUAAUGCAUUGGAAGGAAAGACGGAGCCGCCCUUACCUUAUUUAAUGUGUUCCACCUUUCUUUGUUUUGCUUGAUAAGAGUAUUGCUCCCUGGACUCAUCUUCUUACAUGCCUUUUUCUUUCUUAGUUGUAAUUUUUGUGCAGUUUUAUUUGAGGUGUUUGCUUGUAACUGGCACAGGAUUCCUUUUAUUGUAUUUUUCUUUAACGUUCUAAAAUCCGAGUCUGAUCCAUUUGCAUGGAAAGAGAAACAUUAUAUAUGUGAGGUGAUAAAAGCAAAAGGUAUAUACAUAGCAUCCCAUUUUUGUAAAAGGAAAACACAUUUAUAUAUUAAUAUGCAAAGAAAAGCUUAAAACUAUAUACUUAAAGGCUAACUGACAUUGGUUAUCUGUGUGGUAAAGGAUAAUAGGUGAUUUUUAUAUUUUUAAAUUUUGCUUUAUCUAAAGUCUCACUUUUCAUGAUGAAUACAUUUUAUUUAUGUUGCUUACCAGACAAUGUAGUGAAAAAUGUGAAGCAAUUCUAAAAAACAAAACUUGUUAGUCAGCUUAUAAAGACAAUGUGAUCCUUAAUAAAUAUUUAUCAGAACUUAAAAGUUAA